CAUACACUAGCUCUUUCUCUCGGGUACACAUAGCUCCGCACAUUCGCACCCCUGCCAGCCAGCCCGGCUGCGCGACUUUUCAGCUUCCCUGGCAGCCAGCUGCUGGUGGACAGCGCACAGAUUUGCUGCUUGUCAAGCUUCUCUUUUGCCUCUUUUGCUAUAAAAAGAUUUUUUUUAAAAGAAAAACAGAAACAAAAACUACAUACCUAUUUUUUAUUUGCAUCUUCCCUCCUCGUCCCCUUGCUCCACCCGCCUGCGCGCUUCUCAGCCCCACUUUUCACUCCCAAAGAAGGAUGGAGGGCGGUUGUGGAUCCCAGUGGAAGGCGGCCGGGCUCCUCUUCUGUGUCAUGGUUUUUGCGUCUGCCGAGAGACCCGUCUUCACGAAUCAUUUUCUUGUGGAGUUGCAUAAAGACGGAGAGGAAGAGGCUCGCCAAGUUGCAGCAGACCACGGCUUUGGAGUCCGAAAGCUCCCCUUUGCAGAAGGCCUGUAUCACUUUUAUCACAAUGGCCUUGCAAAGGCCAAAAGAAGACGCAGCCUACACCACAAGCAGCAGCUGGAGAGAGACCCCAGGGUGAAGAUGGCCCUGCAACAAGAAGGAUUUGACCGUAAAAAGAGAGGGUACAGGGACAUCAAUGAGAUUGACAUCAACAUGAACGAUCCUCUUUUUACAAAGCAAUGGUACCUGUUCAACACUGGGCAAGCUGAUGGCACUCCUGGGCUAGACUUGAACGUGGCCGAAGCCUGGGAGCUGGGAUACACCGGGAAAGGAGUGACCAUUGGAAUUAUGGAUGAUGGAAUCGAUUAUCUCCACCCAGACCUGGCCUACAACUAUAACUCUGACGCAAGUUAUGACUUCAGCAGCAACGACCCCUAUCCCUACCCCCGAUACACAGAUGACUGGUUCAACAGCCAUGGAACCAGGUGUGCAGGGGAAGUUUCCGCAGCCGCCAGCAACAAUAUCUGUGGAGUCGGUGUGGCAUACAACUCCAAGGUGGCAGGUAUCCGGAUGCUGGACCAGCCUUUUAUGACAGACAUCAUCGAGGCCUCCUCCAUCAGUCACAUGCCUCAAAUGAUAGACAUCUACAGUGCCAGCUGGGGCCCCACAGAUAAUGGGAAGACGGUGGAUGGACCCCGGGAGCUCACACUCCAGGCCAUGGCUGACGGUGUGAACAAGGGCCGUGGGGGAAAAGGCAGCAUCUACGUGUGGGCUUCCGGGGAUGGCGGCAGCUAUGACGACUGCAAUUGUGAUGGUUAUGCAUCAAGCAUGUGGACGAUCUCCAUCAACUCAGCCAUCAACGACGGCAGGACCGCCUUGUACGACGAGAGCUGUUCUUCCACCUUGGCAUCCACCUUCAGCAAUGGGAGGAAGAGGAAUCCCGAGGCUGGCGUGGCCACCACAGACUUGUACGGCAACUGUACUCUGAGACAUUCUGGGACAUCUGCAGCCGCUCCUGAGGCGGCUGGCGUGUUCGCCCUGGCGCUGGAGGCUAACCUGGAUCUGACCUGGAGAGACAUGCAGCAUCUGACUGUGCUCACCUCCAAGCGGAACCAGCUCCACGAUGAAGUCCAUCAAUGGAGACGGAAUGGGGUUGGCCUGGAAUUUAAUCACCUCUUUGGCUACGGUGUCCUCGAUGCAGGUGCCAUGGUGAAAAUGGCUAAAGACUGGAAAACUGUCCCUGAGAGAUUCCACUGUGUGGGAGGCUCCGUCCAGAACCCUGAAAAAAUACCACCCACUGGCAAGUUGGUCCUGACCCUCCAAACAGAUGCGUGUGAGGGGAAAGAAAACUUCGUCCGCUACCUCGAGCAUGUCCAAGCGGUCAUCACGGUCAACGCGACCAGGAGAGGAGACCUGAACAUCAACAUGACCUCCCCCAUGGGCACCAAGUCCAUUUUGCUGAGCCGGCGUCCAAGAGACGAUGACUCCAAGGUGGGCUUUGACAAGUGGCCUUUCAUGACCACCCACACCUGGGGGGAGGAUGCCCGAGGGACCUGGACCCUGGAGCUGGGGUUUGUGGGCAGUGCGCCACAGAAGGGGUUGCUGAAGGAAUGGACCCUGAUGUUACAUGGCACCCAGAGUGCCCCAUACAUCGAUCAGGUGGUGAGGGAUUACCAGUCUAAACUGGCCAUGUCCAAGAAGCAAGAGCUGGAGGAGGAGCUGGACGAAGCCGUGGAGAGGAGUCUGCAGAGUAUCCUGCAGAAGAACUAGGGCCAUGCUUCCAUCGCCACCGCCCCUCCUCCCUGUCUCUGCCUCUGUCCUUGCUCCACGGUCUGGCUGCCACCAGCCACCCAGCAAUUCCUGUUACCCCCACACAAGCAACCCCAGCCUGGUCUGCAGCUUUGCUCACUGUCCAUGAUUAUUUCCACUACAAUGGAAGCAAUCGUUUUUAAUUCUGUAGCCCAAAUACAGCAUUCCUACCAACAUCUAUGUCCUAUGUGUGACUCGACCUUUAUUUCUGUCCCGUAAGUGGGUGAUACACUGUAAACAAAACAGGGACAUCUUUGCCCUCGAUUUUUUUUCCCAUAUCUGAGAAGAAAAAAGAACGCAUCUAAAAAGCCACACUUGGUGGCUCAGGAACACGUGUGGUCUCAGCCGAAUUGUUACACGCAUGGAAGUGCAAGCCGGCAGGGUGAGCUCCGCAGCUCCAGCACGGGGUGGGUGGUGGCUUGAACGAAGCUAGACUAUUCUGGGAUGUAAACUGAGGUUGCACGAUGAAAUAGAUGAUAUCCCUAGGGAACCCUAAACACUGGGCAGGGUGAGGAAACUUCAAAGACACGCACAUCGAAAAUCACCACCGAUACCCAAGUCGUGUUCCUUCCACUCUGCCAGGGUGAGACAUAAAACUGAAACAUGUGGCUCUUCUGUCCCCCAGCUGCUGCUCUGCGUUGGCAUAGAAUCAACUGGAGCAGCCAAAAAAUGCCUGUCUUGCACAGAGUUCAUCCACACACCCUCAGUUCCCCGGUACCCUUUACACGGCCACCCGAGGGGGAAAAGCGGCCAGGCAGGUCGCGCAGCUGUCUGACGAAGGGCAGUUUACCCGUUUUAGAAACAGGAGCAUUCCUUCUCCUGGAGGGUUUUAGACUUCCUUGACGUGACACAAUCAAGAAGGAAGAGGUUUUCUGUUUUGUUUUGUGUUGCGUUUUGGUUUUGUUGUUGACAGCUUUUACCCACAUCCACUUGAGCUUGGAUUUCCCAAAAGCAUCACUGGAGUGCAGUGUCUCCCUCCCCUCAAACUGUGCUUUCAUUGAUGUGCCGGGCAAAAGGGCCACUGUCCCAGGAGUAGCCGGUAGAUGAAAAGGGGUACAUCAGAAGACACAAGUGUCCAUAUUGAAGUGGACCUAGACUUUCAAGGAGCCUGUUCCACCCCCUGUGACAUGUGCCACCUCAUUCCCCAUAACUGGAGGGCCAGAAGGAAGCAAGCGACAGCCUCUUUUAGAAAAGCACAUGUCAUCUUGGCAACUCAAACCCUUGAGAAUCUCUAAGAAGGGGACAGUUGUCAACCUUAAAUGACACCAUUUCAUUUCCAAACAGUUAUUACCAAGGUCACCCAUGGUCACUUGGUGUCCCCACCCAAAGAUUGGCUUCUUGCUCAAAUCUCAGUGCUCAGUCAUCCCACCCCACCUCCAGCCUCCCCAAGCUCCCACCCUCCCUUCCCUGAAGCACGAACAGAGUCUGGAGUUCCUUUAC